AUGAAGAUUGCGACUCUGCUCCUUUUUGUCUCAGUGGCUGUUGCUCUUCCCACUGUUCCCGUAGUGCCCAUUCACCGCUCAGUCGAUGAGGUUUCCGCCGCUGACUGGGGCCAGAAACGUUCUGUCGAUGAAGUCUCUGCUGCCGACUGGGGUCAGAAGCGCUCCGUCGACGAGGUUUCCGCCGCGGAUUGGGGCCAAAAACGCUCUGUUGAUGAGGUUUCGGCCGCUGACUGGGGUCAGUAG